CCCCCCCCCCCCCCACAUCCACAUAGACUUUGUCCCUCCAUCCUACCUUGAAUUCUACCGCCCGCCACAUUUAUUGCGAGUGCCCGACUCACAGCAUUCUUGGCUUUCUACUCCUCCACCCUGCUCCCUGCUCCUUACUAUCUACUACCUGUUACUUGUUGCCGACCUCCUCCCCGACCUCCUCCCCCACCAUUGCCAUCGACUGUGUUACCCUUCCCUCUCGGCGCCGAAACUGCCUUCACGGAGACAUCCCCGCAAUAUAUUGAACAAAAAAUCCUAGACACUGCCUGAGGGGCUCGCGAUCGCCCAAACCUCCCUCGUGGUUGGAGGCAACCCAGUACCCCCCCUCCCAGUCCUCAUCGCUCCUCAUCCUCCUACUCCUUUAUCCUCCCCUGGCAGCCACCCUCCUCCUGCCCACCAACCGAUACCGAGCCAUGGCGUCGACAGCUACAACAUUUUCGUCCUCCUCUCCGUCGGCCCGCUCGUUCCUUCGUCGCAUACGGUCGAAAACCUCACUGCUCUCCCUGCGAUCGCCGCGCCGAUCGCUAACCGACUUCCAUGUCCAACUCAACGAUCCGCACCGCGUCUAUUCCCCGACUGAUUUCGUCGCCGGCUUCGUGUGCGUCACCGUCGAGCGACCUCUACCACUGACCCACCUCACCGUGUCGCUAAUCGGUCGCGUCGACGUGCAGACGUCAAUGCGGGAGCCCAGUGGCCGGAAACGCGGCAAGAGCGAGUGGGCGGUACAUUCCGCCGCCGCGACGGGGGACGGCGCCGACGGCGGCAUCCUGAGCAUCUGUCGGGACGAGCUGGUGCUGUGCGGGGAGGGCAGGCUGGAACCGGGGGUGUACAAGUUUGGCUUCGAGCUGGAAUUCUGCAAGCUCCCGGGCUUGGGUGGCGGUCUACCGACGAGCAUAGAUUUUGAGAAGGGCUCAAUAUCCUACACCGUAUCGGCGACGAUCACACGGCCGAAUAGCGUCACCCCCACCAGCACAUCUUGCGCCAAGAUCUCGAUGAUGGACACGAUCGAUAUCGCGCUAUAUCCCCUACCGAAGCCCCGGGUCAUCAGGCUCGAGCCGGUGUCGCGACAUCCGCACCGAAAUUCGAAAAAGUCUUCGCACCCACGCUCCUGCUCACCCUCCACCAUCUCCUCCACUCCGUCGAGUUCCGUCGGAAACCUCCACGAUACCCUGACAGCACCCAGCGAAAAGUCCGUCCGCGACAAGGCACCCAUCACCGCGACGGUGGAGCUCCUGAACGCGGGCGCGCUGCGUGGCGAGAGCGUCGGUGUAAAGAUCUCGAUACAACACACGAAACGCGUCAAGAGCCUGAACGGCAUCAUACUGACGUUGAUGCGCCAGACGCGGCUAGACCCCGCUGGCGAUCUCGACGACAUCACGCUGGAGAAGGGCAAGAACGGGGUGACGGUACUGCCGGCGGCCAGCACCUUCAGGAAGGAUCUCGCCCAGACCAUAUGUCCCAUCAUCAUCGAUCCCGAAACGCUCACCGCCGAGGUCAAGGCGAGCCUAAGGGUGCCCGAGGACGUGUUCCCCACCAUCACGAAUGUCCCCGGUGGUGCGGUCGAGUUUAGGUACUGGGUCGAGGUGGUGAUGGAUCUGGGCGGAAAGCUCAACGGGCGCGAGGACCUGUUCUCGGCCGUGGUGCCGGGGUUCCCGAGACCGGCCGGAGGAGUGGAGGCGGACUUUUCGAAGGCUGGCGGCGGAGGUGGUAGCGGCGGCGGCGGAGGCAACGGGGUACUCAGCGUCGAGGGGGGCGUCAUGAUCGAGACGGAACACGUGCGCCGGCGGGAAAGGAGCGUGGUCAGCUGCAAGUUCGAGGUGAUCGUUGGAAGUGUCGAUAGCGUCGGGAGGAAGGGGCGGUUGUCGAAGACGGUGUCGAUGGCGGCGGAUAACGAUGCCAUCACCGCGGUUCCGGCCGAUAGCAUCGGUGGAAGGAGGCGGAGUGUCGCAUCAUUACGGAGUCCUGAGGUUUCGUCGCCGCCGCCGCAGUCCCCGCCGUCGUCGUCGUCCCAGCAGGCCCCCGAAUACGAUCCCGCCUGGCAACAGUCGAAUCACCAACCGCCGACGGAUUCGAAAGCGCAACUACGCAUGUCGGAAAGCACGCUACUGCCGUCGGCACCGGAAGCUGCACCGUCGGAGCCAACAAUGGAGGACGUCGCGAUCGCUGGUGCUUCCGCGCCUUUAGCCACGGUUCUGGAGGAUGAGUCGAGUGAGCACGGAGAAAGCGGGAAUGGCGAGGAAGGAGGGGUGGUAGUGGUGGACAAGGCGGAGCGGGAACGGCAGCGGCUUCUGGCGCACGAGAGUUUACCGCCAGGACUCGAUGUCGAUCCCGGCGAGGGUAGCAGUGCGCCCGCCGCUAUGGUGCUGGAUCUGGAUGGCGUUGAGGGUGGUUUGCCGGUUUAUUGGAGAUGAGUGCAUUUUGAGGGGGUUAUUUUCUUUGCUUUGUGCUUUGUGGUUGGUUGUUGGUUGGUAGCACGGGUUACGGAGUUUUUUGUCUUUGGCUUUCGCUUUGGGUCAUCUUUUUUUUGUUUAUUUUCUGCCUGAAGGCGGGGCGGCAGGGCGGCAUAGGGUGCUGCGCGACUUUUACUUUCUUACAUACUACUUCUUGUACCUUUCUUUAACUUCUCGUUUCGUUGAUACCCUUGAUUCCGUUGUUUUUGGUUGCCAGAUGUGGGAUUUCCUGUGGGAUUUCCUGUGGUUAUUUUUCUGUAUUUACUUGCUCGGGGAAGUUCUUGGGGAUGGAGGGAAUGAUGGAUGGAAUGAAGAAGUGAAGAAGUGUGAAGCCGAUUGUUGCCCGUGGUGACUCUGUGAGGAUGAAGGGAGUGAAGCCGAUUGUUGCACACGCCGUGAGGAUGAAGAGUGAGAAGCCGGUUGUUGCGCACGUAAGGAUGAAGAGUGAAUGGA